CUCUACAAUAAGACACCCAUCUAUCGACUGAAUCAAGUGUCUCCUUCAAGCUAAGAAAUAUCGGGAGUGUCGGGCACCAGUGCUACGUCGAACUUGAGACAGCCUUCGCCACAUUAAUAAUAUGGAAAGUGGCUUUAGUAGUGACAAGGAACGUGGCAGACUUACAUUGAAUAUUCACUUUGUUCAGACCAGUCGUUUUCGUCUUCAUGCUGUAUUCGUAUUCAGCUUCUCACACUAUGCUAGUUGUUUUCUGAUUUUUAUUGUGUCGAAUUCUAUCAGGUAUUCUUCCCUUCAUAACUUUCUUAGUAGUACACAACAGCAUCUUCAGUUGUCAAUUUCUGUACUUCUGUCCUCAAUCAGUUUUAACUGGUUUUACUUAUUAGUGCUUUUCUCUAUCUACUCGGUGAAAGUCGCCUACUCUAACUGUGGCAUUCCUAUCAAGUAGUCAGAUGGAUGGUGCAGAAGAGAAAGUUAGCGAUAAUUCAUUGUAAAAACAUGGACAAGCACCUUUGUUCUUUGACAUUUCAGAGUAGUAAAGUUUCUGAAAAAUUAAAUUUUAAUACUGUUUCUCUUUUAAUUUUAAUCAGCUUGCAUUUGAACAGCUUUUUCCUCUUGUUACAUUCCGAGUCAGCUGGAGUCAGUUUUCUUCCAUCUAUUGUUUUGAAUUGAUGCAACUGGAAUCUACUGACGUUUACUUACCUUUGGUUCCCGGUCACUAACAGCCUUUACUACUGUUUCUGUAGCGGAAUGGAUAUGGUG